AUGGCGUUCUCUGCGACUCUAUCCUACACUACCUUCCUUUCUCUUCCUCGCUUCCCGCAAAUUUUGAGGACAAAGAGAGUUCAUUUCCCACUGAUUCGUGCAGUACAAAGUGGUGAAGCCGACACCCCAAAGAGUAAGAGUGAAGGGUCAUCUAAUGCUCAGUCUUCAAGUGCUGCUCCAAAGCCUCCCAAGAAACCAGUUUAUUCCUUGAAGAAAGGUCAGAUUGUGAGGGUGGACAAGGAGAAAUAUCUGAAUAGCAUUAAUUAUCUUUCUGUUGGGCACCCACCUUACUACAAAGGAUUAGAUUACAUUUAUGAAGACCGUGGUGAGGUCCUGGAUUUGCGUAUAUUUGAAACAGGAGAGUAUGCACUUAUUGCAUGGGUAGGGAUCCCCACUGCUCCAGCUUGGCUUCCUACGUACAUGCUUAUCAAGUCGGAGAAGCUCGACUAUGAGAGGCUAUGA